AAUAUCUGGAAAUGAGUGAAAAGAAUUGAUAGUAGAAAAAAUACAAGAUUUUGUACAAUGAGUGGACACAAUAGAAGAGCCCACAAAAGGAAAGUGGAGGAACUACAGGAUGAAGAUAACAGAUCCAGCAGUGUAGCAAGAGAAGACAGAAGUUCCAGUGAUGUUCCGGAUACUCCAGCAAUACUAACACUAACAAAAGAUGACUUCACAAGAUUAGACACUUCAAACUUAGAUGAGGGUGAGGAGGAAGACACCAGUGAAGUGUCUCAGGUGGAAGUCCAAGAGGAUGGAACUAUUAGCCGGGGCACCAUGUGGAGAGGGGAUGCAGCAGAGACCCUUGAUGCAACACAGGUAUUCUUAAGAUGCAGAAGAGAGUCAAACAGUGAAAAACUUUGA